CUUUGGAUACGUUGCUUUUUGAACCGCCUCUGAGAUCUAUCCCGAGGUGCACUCAGUUGUUCUGCUGAAUAACAUACAGAACAGCCCUCUUAGAUCUCAGUCCCGCAUCACAUGCCUCUAGGAGUUCCCUAACGCAUUAUGAUAGAAGCACUACGACUAGAAAGAGAAGCAGAGGCUAAUUCAUAAAGCGGAAAUACGAUAUUUGACUGUCCCGCUAACUAUGGCCUAAGUAUUAACCUAGUGAGUCAUGCCAUGCAUCAUCGCUUAUGUACAGGACAUUAUUUCUCCGUCUCCCCCACUUAAUGAUGGUAGCAAAGAAAAUUCCGGCGCUCUACUUUAUCGUUGCUCUCUACGAUUGACACCUUCAUGCGGUGCUUGUUCCCUGGCUUUUGCUAAACUUUCACUUUGUUAUUAUCCUCACCAUAGAGGAUCUGGAUUGUCGACUCUAUUCUAGCGGGUAGCAGUUCCCAGCAGCAUGGGAAUCGUAUCUCCACUACAUACUACGCACAGUGAUGCGCAACAAGUGUCUCCGACAGACGACUGGACUGGUCCUGAUGAUCCAGAUUGCCCUUACAACUGGCCCAUGUGGAAGCGCAUCUAUAUGACUAGCAUUCCCGCAUUUCUCUGCAUCAAUGUGUCGUUCGCCUCGUCCGUCUACACGCCUGGGGCAAGCAACAUAUCAGAGAAGUUCGGAGUCUCCCACACAGUAUCUCUGCUCGGGCUCUCUCUCUUUCUUUGGGGUCUUGGGCUUGGAGCCAUCAUCGCCGCACCUGUCAGCGAGUACUACGGUCGUAGAAUUGUAUAUCUAACGACUGUUCCAAUCUUUGGUCUUUUCAUCCUAGGCUCAGGAUUAGCACAGAACUUCGCUACUUUGGCCGUCUGUCGCUUCUUCGGCGGCUUCUUUGGGAGCGCAGUGGUUUCAGUAGGCGGCGGUACCAAUGCGGAUCUCUGGCAGCCUACCAUGGCAGGAUUCAUCUUUCCUUUCUACUUCGUGUCUCCUUUUCUUGGUCCAGCUCUUGGGCCUGUCAUCGGUGGCUUUCUCAGCGAGUACAAGGACUUCCGCUGGCUUGAAUGGGUAAUUCUCUUCAUGAUCGCCUUCAACUAUUUAUAUUCUAUUCCUCAAUCCGAAACAUACAAGAAAACCAUCCUCAAAAAGCGCACACGUACGGAAAAAUCGAUCAAUGCUCCAUUGAAAGUCGCCCUUCCCUCAAGCGCUGUCGUGCAGCGCAUCGUCCUCAAACCUUUCAAGAUGCUCUUCGUCGAGUCCAUCGUGCUUUUUAUGACUAUCUACAUGGCGUUCAACUUCGCCGUAUUUUAUAGCUUCUUCGCCGCUUUUCCAUAUGUAUUUGGCGGCCAGUAUGACUUCACAUCUGGUCAGCAGGGUCUUACCUUCAUCCCUAUUGCAUUGGGCUGCAUCAUCGGCUUUGUCGCCGUGGUCUAUAUAGAUCGGCGAACAUACCCUCAGUUAGAGAAGAAGUAUGGCAUUGGAGCUGUACCUCCCGAGCACCGUCUCUAUGGAGCGAUGGUAGGCUCUUUCCUUAACCCAGUCAGCCUCUUCUGGUUCGGCUGGACCGCCAACGCAGGUGUGUAUUGGUUGAGUCCCGUUAUAGCAGCUGUGCCAUUUGCAGUUGGGAAUAUCAUGGUAUAUAGCAGCGGUGCGCUGUAUAUCAUGAACUCAUAUGGAUCACUACAUGGCGCCAGUGCCCUCAGUGCGAACAGUCUCCUUCGAUACGCAGGCGGAGGCGCCUUCCCACUCUUCACUGUGCAGAUGUUCUCCUCCCUAGGAAUCGGCUGGGCGAGUAGUCUGCUGGGCUUCGUGUCCGUGGUAUUGGUGCCUGUGCCCUGGGUGUUGUAUAAGUAUGGAAGAAGGAUCAGGGCACAUAGUCAGUAUAUUACUGUAGAGGAGGUUGUUGUGUUGGCAAACUCGUUAGGGGAGGUUACUGGUCAGCGAGAGGAGACGGAAGUCUAGGUGAGGAUGGAAUAUCAGCUCUCAUGGACUGAUAGACAUAACAGGACACUAAAAAGUAAUUCAUGGAGGCUCAUUCCAAUUUUGUCUGAUUCUGCUUUGCUCAUUGAACUGACCAGACUGACUGGUCUUUUAUGAUGGCUUCAUGAUGCGGCGCACGGCGUUAGCCUGGCUGGCCGCGUGGGGGCGGUCCGCUGGCGAGAGCCGCGAGACAUACCAUAAAACUAUCGGCCCCGCGAUCCGCGAUCCGCGAGGAAGCUUGACGGUCAUGUCAGUGCUAGAUGUCCCUAGUUAGUAGGCAAAUAAACAAGUCGCCCUAUUGCCAACAGUUUCUCUCCAAAGAGACAUUACUGAGAGCACUGUUGGUUUUUGCGCCGGACUAGCUCAUACUGAUUAUGCCGAGACUCCAGUAUUGCGAUUUCGGUCAUAGCAAUGUUGAUAAAUUAGGUAGGUCUUUAUGUAACACCUCACGGAAGGAAAUUGU